GGAUGGGGAUGGGGAACAGGUGUGAAUGUGAUGAAUGAUGAGGGAGGGGGGAGGGAGGGAAAGCUUUAAUGCUUCAAACUUCCUGCCCCGCUCUUCCAUUUCCAGGUGUGUAUGGGAGAACGCCGAUCCAAAGGUUACACCGACAGCAAGUGCUGGGUGACUCCCAACUCAAGCUCAAGCUCAAAUGGGCCGAGAUGGCGAAGGGCCGAGAUGAAAAUUGGCCGAGAUGUUCCUAAAGCCUGCUAUUUACCCACACAGGCUAACACGGACUGACUUCUUGGUUGGCUGCAUAAAUACCACUCAGGCUUUCAAGACCCUCAACCUCACCAGGACAUUCCUACAGAAAACAAAUCAACUCCACCGCAUAUAACUUGAGCACCUCAUCACGGUACCGCACCUUUGGGGCAGUAGAGGCAGUGACAGCCUGCACGGCCCCAACAAACCUCCUAGAAGGAGAAGAAGGAACGAUAUAGAGAAGAUAAACAUGACCCAAGCCUACAGAAUUUGUAUGGCCACCAUGUUUCUACUGGCAUAAAGGAAAGGCUCGUGCCAGUCAGAUAUUGCUUGCGUAGAGGACAAAAUAUACAGUGUGUCAAGUGAAGAAUCGUGUGUGCUUGUGGUGUGUUGUUCCUGUGUGCUUCAAGUUUUGCAUCAAGAUUACAAGAAUGUCUUCAAGAGAUGAAAAAAAUUUGAAACUGGUUGAAAAAUUAAGUAACACUAAUGAAAAACUUGCUGAAGAUGAGCUCACCUCAAUAUUGACCAAGACCUACGACUUGUGUCGAGUCCCCCCUCUUCCUGAUCCAAAUGUGUCUUACAAUGCUGCAAACUUUGCAGGUGUUGCAAGUGAGGCAGAAGUCAGUCUUAGUAUUGUAUUGAAAUUAUUGAACUAUGUAACUGUUGUAAAGAAGAAACACAGUCAACAGUUUAGUCAAGGGUUUGUGAGAAAUAUUGUGGUCUCUUGUUUCUUGGUUGCUUGUGAAUACUGUGAUCAGAGUUAUGAAUGGAGUAGUCCUGAAGCAGCUGAUGUAUCUAGAAAAAUAAUGAACAAGCUGUGUGACUUGUGUGGGUGUGGUGCUGUGACAGACCUCCUGAAUUCACGAAGAGAUUCAGCUGAAACACAAAAUCAUGAUGACAAACAUGUUUUGGUUAAGGAUGGAAGUCAAAGUUUUAUGAAGUCCAUUUUACAAAGACUGAGUGAGAUGUUGAACAAAAGUAACUGGAGGAUGUAUCCAUCUUUGAAGAUGACAUAUUGGUGGAUUUUAAGAAAUACUGGUAAAGAUGAUUUAGGAGAACAUUUGAAAGUUCUGUUGCCUCCAGCACUCUUCAUAGUGGAUGACUGGGAAGACAGGAACAAAGUGCUCGGCAUCCAGUGUCUCAGUCAUAUUUUAGAAAAUACAGCAGGUUCAGAGCUGCGCUGGUAUGGUCGAGCAGAUGUCAUAUAUGAUGCCCUGAAGCCUUUGCUGUAUUCGAAGGAGUCUGAGAUAUUAUCCAGCCUGUACCCAACCAUCAUAAAGGUGUCAGAGAUUUUAGAGGCUGAUCCUGCCAAGGCAGGAAAACUGAAACAUGACAGCACUCUUGACUUCAUCACGCAUCAGUUGCUACAAGAAAUGGCUUACGAGCAGAAGUUGUGUCUGCGCUCAGUGUAUGCUACUGCUCUUCCUCUACUUGUGCUGGCCUUGAAAUUGCCUGCUGUAAGAUGGUCUAAGGAAUUACUGGAUGUAUGUGAAGAUUACUUAGCAACAUUUGAAGGACCAGCAGCACAGGACAGAAUAAAUAUUUUGAAGGCCCUGCAACACUAUGUGAACACUUGCUGGCCAGUAGUCCACUACCAUGCCAUGCACUUGCUGAAGAUGGCAGUACGCCUUCUGUAUGAUGUGACUGAGAAAGACUGUGGUAUAGAGGCAGAGAGUGUUGAGAUUAUAACACAAGAAGUACACAGACUUGUUGUGCUCCUGCAUGCCGCUGCCCCAAACACAGUUCAGAAAUUGUGCCGAGGCCUGCAGGAUGUUUCUGUCCAUCCACAGUGUGAAAUGCUACUUCAGAGCUUGCAUGCAGUCACCAUGGAGGAUGUAUAGAUUGAGAUGAGCAAUUGAUAUGUCAUCCCACAUGAAUACCUGCCUCUGAUGUGACUUGCCAAGUUAUGCUGCUCAUAAAGUUCAUCAUUCAGUAUACAUUAAAUUCUCAAUAAAUUAUUUCAGCCUCUAACAUGCCAAACCUAAGCACAAGAAAGCCCUUGAGUGUUAUCUAACAUGAUCACAAAAUUCAAAAUUCUAUUUGCAUAUAGGUCCAAGACUUGUUAUCCAUAAUCAAUUACACAAUCACUGUAAAACUGAAGCCUAACAAAAGACUGACAAGUGAAGCUUAGAAGCAGGCAAAGCAUAAGGCCCAACAACUUAAUGUGGGAGCCAUAGUUACCAUGCACUGAGAUACCCUCCCAGCCAUUGCACCAGCCUCUUCACUUUAUUUGUAUUUCUACUGUAUACAAAUAAAGUUUGUACAGGAGAAACUUUAUCAACACUUACACAGAUUACAUAAAAUAGUUUUGAAUUGUAGAACAAUAUCACUAUAAAAAAAAUCAGUUAGUAAUAAUGGCAAAAACUGCUUCAGAACAGUUUCUGAAGCAUCUUACAUCUUGAUUUAAUAAGUUUUCUACAAAUCUAGGUGGUUAUGAAUUGUAAUGUGCAUCAUAUGUACAUAACUGUAUAUACAUUAAAGAAAUAUACAAUUCAGAAGUUACCUGUGCCA